AAUUUGGGGGAUCAUUUUGACCGAUUGCCAUACUUUCAGUUAGGAAAGUAAAAUAUAUAUAUAUAUUAAAAUUAAUUUUAGAAGAUAAUAGAACUUAAAUUUUAAUUAUAAUUUUACAACUAGGUAUACACGAUGCCAGAAUAUCUCAGGAAACGUUUCGGAGGCCAAAGAAUCAGGAUAUAUUUAUCAGUUCUCGCUCUUCUCUUAUACGUAUUUACUAAAAUUUCGGCUGAUUUAUACGCUGGAGCCAUAUUCAUCAAUCAGUCGAUUAAGCUGGAGUUAUACAGUUCAGUUCUAACCUUAUUAGUAAUAUCGGCGCUGUUUACCAUAUCCGGAGGUUUAACGGCGGUUAUGUGGACAGAUUCGGCUCAGACCGUGUUAAUGCUCAUAGGUGCCUUCGUUUUAAUGAUACUGAGUUUUAUUAGAGUCGGAGGUUACACCGAAUUACUCGAGAAAUUUGCUAUGGCUCAACCCAAUGAUAGUUAUAUAGGGUAUGGCAUAGAUAAUAAGUCUUGCAGUUUGCCACCCGACAAUUACAAGCAUCUUUUAAGAAGCGCGAGCGAUCCAGAAUUACCUUGGACCGGAAUUACCUUUGGCUUGACAAUAUCAGCAGUCUGGUAUUGGUGCUCUGACCAGGUCAUAGUCCAGAGAGCUUUGUCAGCUAGAAGCAUGGUUCACGCUAAAGCCGGAUGUAUACUUGCUGGUUAUCUGAAGUUACUACCACUUUACCUUUUGGUACUCCCAGGAAUGGCUGCUCGCAUAUUGUUCCCAGAUAUCGUCGCUUGCUCCGAUCCAAAAAAAUGCGAAGAGGCUUGCGGAAUUAAAACUGGAUGCACCAAUGUAGCAUAUCCUAUGUUAGUUCUUAACCUUAUGCCAGCAGGCAUUCUCGGAUGUUAA